GAGGAAACUGACGAUAUUAAUUUAACCUUUGCUCGCGAUUCUACUACUCCGGCCCUGAACCGCAAAGAGGCGGUAGAGCCUAAAAGGAAAGAAGGCUCCCCAAGAAGUGGAGAGAUUGACGGGCGUAAGGACUCCGGCAGUAAGAAAGCAGUCGAAAAGAGGACAGUUGCGCGGUUCACGUCGAUGGCGCUGCUACUUUUCUUUUUUCUUUUAAUAAAACUUUCUGAUCAAGCAACCUGGGCUUUCAGGCAUGUGCAUGUGUGCACAGGCACUUGGCAUAAUGCCGCUACUUUUCUGGCUGAUACUGUACUAGUUCAACGUCUCUUCUACGAAUCAGUUAGAUCUCCAGAUCAGAUAGGAAGAUUACUGUAG